CUGGCAUCCUUAUUAUCAUGUCGCCAUUUGUAAAGCAUAUUUUCAUUGAAGCAGUCCAAAGUUCCACAGAAAUUAUUUUGUGAUUUCUCGAGAAUGACGAGCAUUGGGGAUCUUUUUACAAAAUAUAAUUGUACAAAUUGCCAAGAUGAUAUCUCUGGUAUUCGUGUACAUUGUGCAGAAUGUGAAAAUUUUGAUUUAUGUCUUCAGUGUUUUGCUUCUGGAGCGGAGAUCGGAGCACAUCAAAAUAAUCAUGCAUAUCAAUUUAUGGAUACUGGCACAGCUAUACUGUCCGUAUUUCGGGGCAAGGGUGCUUGGACUGCUAGAGAAGAAAUACGACUUCUAGAUGCCAUAGAACAAUAUGGAUUUGGAAAUUGGGAAGAUAUAAGUAAGCAUAUUGAGACGAAAUCAGCAGAGGACGCCAAAGAAGAAUAUGUUAAACGAUUCGUUAAUGGUGCAAUUGGUCUCCACACUUGGACACCGGCUCAAUCACAACGCCCCUUGUUGGUGGAUCACACUUCUGAGGACAGUGGUCCCUUGGGUGCCACAGCUUUACAACGCCUGCCUCCUUUAGACAUUACUAAUGAAGAAGCUGCUCAAUUAGGUUACAUGCCAAAUCGGGAUGGUUUCGAACGUGAAUACGAUCCCACAGCUGAACAGUUAAUAUCUACAAUGUCGCUCAGCACCGAAGACACUGAAGCUGAUUAUUUAUUAAAAUUGGCUCAUGUUGACAUGUAUACGCGCCGUUUACGUGAACGAGUUCGACGCAAAAGGUUGGUUCGAGAUUACCAACUAGUAGCUAACUUCUUUCGCAAUCGCAAUUAUGCACAACAUCCAGGCAUGACACGUGAGCAAAAAGAAUUUCGUGAUCGUUUCCGCGUUUUUGCUCAGUUUUACACAUCCAAUGAGUAUGAACGAUUACUGAUGUCUCUUGAACGUGAGAAAGAGUUGCGUAUACGAUUGGCCGAGUUAUGCCGCUAUAGAUACAACGGAUUAACUAAAAUAGACGAAUGUCGUCACUUUGAACAACAUGCAGCCAUGGCAUUGAAUCGUUCUACUGGACCCUAUGGUCAUGGAAAAACGGACAACACGCACCUCAGCAUUGGAAGUCGUCGGCAGCCAGGCUCUUCCUUACACUCUCCACAACACAGCAGCAGAAAACCCGAACUGUCAAACGGAGGCGAGGCAAAUCUAAAUUCAAUCGCGUCAAGAAACACGCUCCACACCGGCGACCUGAUCUCCUCCGGCGCAUUAUUGCACAACAGAAAUUACUUGGAUAGCUGUCGGGAAUCGUCGGUUCAUACGACGAUAUCGCAAGCGGGGAUGAUAGUGGGAGGGGGCACGAUGAACACAACAAUGACUACAACCAAAUUAACGAACGGAAAUCCACAGUCACUGAUGCCAAUUCUACAGCACACAACGAUGAUGGGAAUAAAAAGUCAUCAAACACCACAAUUGCAAAUAAACGACGUCGCCGUAAGCGAAAAACAGCAUCUACAUCAACUGCUGUUACAAGAAAAUAAUAAUUUUGACGUUAAGACACUCCACUCGCCCGUGGCAGUACCAAUGAGUAGUAUUUUGCGCGCACAGUUAGAUGAAUUAAAACAUUUGCAGCAACCGUUAGGAAACGAUUUAUUAUCUACAAAUGAACAGCAAGUUUGCAAAGACUUUAACCUGCCACCUACAACAUAUUUAUCCCUAAAAACGUUAUUGCUUAGCGGUGCUCCAAUUGUUAAUAAUUUGUCUCCAGUCGAAAACUCUCUACGAAAAUACUUUAUAAAAGUAGGUUGGCUAAGUCAUUAAACGUGCGUAUUUGUGCGCGCAUAUGUAUCUAUGAUUUGUAAACAACUAAUGGAAGCUCAAUUAUUUCCUCCUAAUCCACCAGCUAAUAUCACAUAGGGUGGCGUAAUGUGUUUGUAUUAAAUUAAUUAAUAUUGGAAAUAAUUCAUAUUCAUAUUUAAAUUAAAGGUACGACUUUAGAUGCAUAAAUUCUACAAAUAUUUGAAGAUUUAUGAAAACUGUCAAUAUAUUUAUUUAGCUUAAAAAUUAGCAAUAAUUAGAAAUAAUCUAAUUGCUUACUUGUAUCAAGUUUUCAAUUUUGGUUUUCUGUAACCAUGUUUUUGUCCUGAGAAUGGUUUUUGCCUAAGGAAUGGACAGCUUAGUUUUAACUUCUCAAAUCACUUAUGUACUGAUAUAUGUAAAAUAUAUUUACUCCUACAUUCGGUAGUUCGCAAUUCGUUUAGUUUGAAUAUGAAAAUAGAUAUAUGCGAUUAAAAUUUAUUUCUGAAAAUAAAAAAUAAUUAUUAUAUUA